AUAAAAAUGAAAUGGCUGCUAAAAUAAUUUAAAGCCGCAACAAAGCUUAAACUAUAAAAGCUGUGUAAGCAAAAUUUUAUUAAAACGAAAUUGUGCAAGUGUAGGUAGUAAAAGCGUUUGCGUGUGUCUGCAAUUUGGAAUGCGUAAAAAUACUACGCGUUGCUGUUAGCUGCAAGCUGACUUCUGCUUUGUUGCUAGCGUUUUGUUGUUAGUACUUUCACGCGUCAGCAAAGGAGGCAGUAAGCGAAAGGACUUGAUUGUGUACUUCUGCAAGGAUGUACAUACAUACAUAUGUAUGCAUGUAGCGGUAGCCGGAGCAGCAGCGGCAGAAGGACGAAUGAAAGCAGCCAGUGAAAGUUGAAACGUGUGCGUCGCGUGCGGUGAUAUAACAACCGCCUAAUUUUUUCAGUUCACGUUUUUUUAUUCUUGCUUUAUUGUGGCAUUGUGAAAGUGAGACUUGUUUUGAAACCGCUGUGCGAUUCGAUGAAAACAAGGACAUUGAAGCCAAUUUGGUGAAAGGACAACAAAUGAAGUGUGUUUUGUUAAAAGUUGAAUGCGAUAAAGAACUAUUUGAAUUAGUUUCACGGAUGGAUGCAUAAAAGUGGAUAUACAUACAUAUCUAUUCUGAAAGGGUAUGAAAUUGCUUCCUACCAGCACUUCAAGGAAAUUAAAAACUUGCAGUAGGAAAGUUGAUUCGCGACUUUGAGCACUAAAACAUAAGUUUUCAAAAGAGGACACAAAGUUUCAUAUUUUUAACCUUGGAAAGUGAAGGACAAUAAAUGAAUGAAGCAACAUGGGAAAUGGCAUGAACAAGGUACUGCCCGGCCUCUAUGUAGGCAAUUACCGCGAUUCGAAAGAUCAACAGCAGCUGGACAAGUAUCAGAUUACACACAUUAUAGCUAUACACGAUAGUCCGCGGCGUUUGCUGCCGGACAAACACUAUCUCUGCGUCAUGGCUGCCGAUACGCCCGAUCAGAAUCUAUCGCAAUAUUUUUCUGUUUGCAAUGAUUUCAUACAUGCCGCCCGAUUGCGUGAAGGUAAUGUGCUCAUUCAUUGUUUAGCCGGCAUGUCGCGUUCGGUCACUGUUGCUGUGGCGUACAUAAUGACCGCCACGAACUUAACUUGGAAGGAGGCGUUGAAGGUAGUGCGCGCUGGGCGCGCUGUUGCAAAUCCGAAUAUCGGUUUCCAAACACAGCUGCAAGAGUUCGAAAUGUAUCGCUUGGUGGAAGAGCGUAAGCGUUUGCGUGAGCGGUUUCCUUCGACUGCACUGGAGCAAUUGGAUCGUUCUAAGUGUUCAGCAGCAUUGGACAACUACCAAGAGUUAUUGCAAAAUAAGGAUAUAUGCGAGGGAAAUUGUGUUCGGGGCGAAAAAUGUCCAACAGGUGCGAUGAUAGUAUUGCCUUUGAAUGGUGGUGGGGAAGUUAAUGUAAUUGAGAAGGCGGGGAGCCAAGUGCCAGCAAGUGGUAACGACGAAACGGGUGCUGCGUCAAAUAAUUCGGUGGCUUAUAUGAUCUCUUUUGCAACUGAAAAGUGGAAAACUUUAAAUGUAAAUAAUAGUGGUUUGGAAAAAGGCGGCGAUGUAGAUGACGAACCGGAUAUUGAUGCUAUUUGUGAACCGCAGGUUCAAAAAACGCAAGCAAAUAUAGCAGAUAAUGAUGAUAGCGAUACUGAAUCCGAUGAAAUAAGCUUUGAAGAUAGUCAAGUUGGCGAGCAAAUGAUGGAAAACGUUUUGUACUAUCGCCCACUGCAUGCCGCUGAAGUGCCCAAUGUAUCACCAGCACCCCGCGAGGCGAACGUUGACCAAAUGCUAUGCGAAAAAGCUAGUGGUGGCCCAAUUGAUGAGCUGUUAAAGACUGUCAACGAUGUUUAAAAUUUGAUUAGUAUAAUUUAAUCAUAUUAAACCGCAUAUACUGUAAAAAUUCACUGUAAAAGCACAUUGCGCUCGUCGCUCGCUCAAGCAAAAGCUUUUAUUAUAUUCUCAUUUAUUGCAAACUUA